ACUUCACUUUUCCCCAUUUCAUUUCAUCCCAAACCGGCGGCACCUGCUCCGCCGCGUCCGCGCCCUGCGGACACCCACGGCGAGCGCCUCGAGACGUCUCGGCUCCCAGAUCGCCGCCAACGGCCAACCCCGCGACUCCUUACUUCGGGUCGAUUGCCCUAGCAAUCAGAUGAAGCGGAACCCUAGCGGGCAGAGCCAUGUCAACACAAGAAAGCGAGGCUGACUAUCAGGUUCUCCUUGGUGAUGAGGCGGAGGAGGUUGAAGAGGAUGAUGAGUGGGGAGAGGAGGAGGGAGGAGGAAUAUGAGUCAGCUGGGUCUGAACCAAUUCGAAAGCGUCAGAAAGUAUCUGACAUUUGGGAAGGCUUCAUGAUUCUUAAGCGCACACGCAGUGGGGAAUCAGCUAGAUGUUCUACUUGUGGCAAAACAGGCAUGACUUCUCUCUUGACAACAGCACGUUCAGUCGACAAGCCCCAGGUUGGUCCUGAUUAUGCUGCUGCUAGAAGAUCAUUAGCCAUGUUUAUUAUCACCAGUGGGCUGUCAUUAUCAAUUGUUGAAGAACCCAGUCUUCAGACGUUUAUCAGAGCUGUUAAUCCGCUGUCUGAAAAUAUAAACUCUUGUCGCCGGUCUGUUUUAGACAGAGAUGUCAUGGCUCUUUAUGGAAGGGAAAAGGAUUCUUUGAAAUUUAUCUUGUCUGAAGCACCUGGGAGAAUCAAUUUUGCUAUUGAUCGCUGGAAGGGCAAAGAAACCGGAGAAAACUACAACGAUGAUAUCUAUAUGUGCAUCGUGGCUUGCUUUAUUGAUGUUGAUUGGAAUUUGCAGAGAAGAGUAGUGGCUUUCAAACACUUGGCUUUUCCUGACGAUGUCGUGUCUGUCGCUGAUACUGUAGCAUCCUGUUUUACUGAAUUUGAGGUUGAUCAGAAGCUAAUGUGCAUAACUCUGGAUAAUGCAUUAGAUGAUGCUUCUGUGGAUAAUUCAGUUAAGACGAUUGUGCUAGAUAAGGACAAAUUGUUGUGUGAUGGUGAAUUAUGUCAAAUGCAUUGUUGCACAGAAAUCUUGAAUUCAGUUGUGCAAGCUGGUCUAGAGCUGAUUGAUGAUGUUGUUAACAAGAUUCGUCAUGGAAUUCACUAUAUCACUUACUCUAAAAAGAGAGAGGAUGAGUUUUAUCAGGGUGCUAAAGAAAUUUGUCAUCUUGAUGUUGCAAUGAAGUUACGUGCUGAUCUGGUUAUUACUUGGGACUCAACUUACAAAAUGCUUUGCUGUGCGCUGUAUUACAAGGAUGCUCUGAAGCAUUUUGCAUCAAAACAUCAGACCUUCUUGUCUGAUUUCCAUCUUUGUGAUGAAGAAUGGAACAGGGUGGCAACAAUGGAAAAGUUCAUAAAGCCACUCUAUGACAUCACAUGCACUUUCUUAACCACAAAGCACAAAACUGCCAGUUUAUACUUUCUUGGACUAUACAAGGUUUACCGAUUGCUUGGAGUGACAAAAGGGCAAGAAAACUUCAUGGCUGGUAUGGUGAAAGACAUGAUGGCUAAGUUCGACAAGUAUUGGUCCGAGUACAGUCUUGUUUUGGCUUGUGCGGCUGUUCUUGAUCCUCGUUACAAGCUCAACCUAGUCAGCUUUUGUUUUAAGAAGAUCUAUGGUGAUGUUGGUGCUAGCCAGUAUACUGACAGAGUUGUCGCAUUGCUCCACAGACUGUUUGCUCAAUAUGAGAAGUCACCGUGUUCUUGUUCAGCUGCAGUUGGGAGUGGUGGUACUGGGUACCACACCAAGGAUGAUCUGUUCGAUGGUUUUGCUCUGCCGGAACAAAAAUCGGAACUGGAUUGGUAUUUGGAAUCACCAGCUAUGCAUCUAAACACUGAUCUGGAUAUCUUGGAGUUUUGGAGCGGCAUGUCUAAGUGUUACCCCAACCUUGCAAACUUAGCUCGUGAUAUCCUCGCCAUUCCUAUCUCCACCGUUCCUUCUAAGUCUGUAUUUACCGUGGGUGAGAAAGUUGUGAACCCUCGUAGGAGUACGCUCAAGCCCGAUCUACUCGAGAUGCUGAUCUCGCUCCACGACUGGACAUGUCCACAUGACAAAAAGGGUAUUACUGUCUCUGCUAUAGAAGAGGGUAUCGAUGAUGAGGAAGACGAGGAGGAUGGUGCAGACGAAUCUGAUGAAGAAGAGAACACGGAAGAAUCUCAUGACAAUGAUGCUUAUUGCUGCGGGUGAUUAGGAUGUCGGGCUGCAACUCCAAGCUCUUUUGUUUCAUGUGUUGUGGCAGUCAGUCUCUUUUGCGGGCUGUGUUGCACAUACUGUGUUGCUUAGCUUGUUGGAGAGUUUGAUUUACACAUACUGUUAUGUUGUUGAAAAGUGUUGCUCGUUAAGUUGCUUUUGUUACAUUUUCCUUGGACUGGCCAAGAAGAUGCAUCACUAUUUCUAGGCAGAGCCUUAAGCCUUCAUGAGGCCUGGGGCUCCUAAAUUCCACAUGUAUGAUUAAUUGCAAAGUGUGAUCCCUUGAGAUCUUUUUUUGUUUAA